GAGUCUAAAAGAGAGAACCCAGAUUUGGUGUCACCACACCACCAUUCACCACUAUGACUAAAAAGAAGCAUGGAAAAGUAAAAAUAUCAACUUUUUUUUUCUCCUUUUCUUUUUGCCUUUCAAAUUUGGUUUUUGGGUUCAUGGCAAGCAAUGUGUAUUAACGUCCAUUAGUUAUGCCAUGCUAUAUAUAGGCAUUGAGGAGGGUCACACACAGAGCGAGUCAUUGCCUUGUCAAAAUCCUUUAGACCAACGUUGUCUUCGGCCUCAUUUGCAUAGUUUGUUGUUGUUGUUUUUCUUGUUCUUGUCGUCCACAAUAUCCGGUGUGCCCACUUUCCUGAAUCAUCAUUCAUCAACUGCCUUGCUUAACAUCCUGAUACCCUUUGGAGAAAAAUCGCUUUUGGGGUCUUAAAGGACCAAACUUGGAUUCAGGGUCGUGAUGGAACAGAAACACGUUCUGUUGUCAGCAUUGAGUGUCGGAGUUGGGUUAGGUGUGGGGCUUGGGUUCAGUUCAGGACAGAAAUGGGUUGGAGGGAAUCGUAACUCUGAUGAGGUUUCCGGGGAGCAGAUUGUGCAAGAGCUCAAGAAACUGGUGGUUGAAGGAAAGGACAGCAAGGUUACAUUUGAUGAGUUUCCUUAUUACUUAAGUGAAAGAACUCGAGUAUUGUUGACAAGUGCUGCAUAUGUUCAUUUAAAACAUCUCCACUUCUCCAAGCACACCAGGAAUCUCUCACCAGCAAGCAGGGCUAUUUUGCUUUCGGGUCCGGCAGAACUUUACCAGCAAAUGCUUGCCCGAGCAUUAGCACAUUACUUUGAAUCGAAGUUGCUCUUGUUAGAUAUUACUGACUUCUCUGUGAAGUUGCAAAGCAAAUUUGGAUGUUCUAGAAAAGAAACAUCUUUCAAAAGGUCAAUAUCCGAGGUGACUUUGGAGCGGAUGUCUGGUUUGUUUGGUUCCUUUUCAAUGCUGCCUCCAACAGGUGAAUCUAAAGGAAUUCUGCGUCAACAAAGCAGUGCUGUUGAAAGUUCCAAUCCUCCAAAGCUUAGGAGGAAUGCCUCUGCUGCAUCUGAUAUAAGUAGCACUGCUUCUCAGUGUGGUCCAACACUUCAAGCUCCUUUGAAGCGGACAAGUAGCUUAUGUUUUGAUGAAAAGGUCUUCGUUCAGUCCCUUUACAAGCUUUUGGUUUCUAUCACAGAAACUAGUUCCAUCAUUUUAUACAUCAGGGAUGUUGAGAAGCUUGUUCUCCAAUCACCAAGAUUAUAUAAUUUAUUACAAAAAAUGAUAAAGAAACUGGCAGGCUCAGUGUUAAUACUUGGUUCCCAGAUAAUAGAUUCAGAAGAUGAUUACACAAAAGUUGAUGAAAGACUCACAACGCUAUUCCCAUACAAAAUUGAGAUCAAACAACCUGAAGAUGAAGCUCAUUCUGGCAGUUGGAAAGGCCAGCUGGAAGAGGACAUGAAAGUUAUUCAGUUCCAAGAUAACAGAAACCACAUUGCUGAAGUACUCACAGCAAAUGACAUUGACUGUGAUGACUUGAACUCAAUCUGCCAUGCAGACACUAUCUUACUCAGCAAUUAUAUUGAAGAAAUUGUGGUAUCUGCAAUAUCUUACCAUUUAAUGCAUACCAAGGAUCCAGAAUACCGAAAUGGAAAGCUAGUUAUAUCAGCCAAUAGUUUGUCCCAUGGAUUGAGUCUGUUCCAGGAAGGCAAGAGUAGUGGGAAUCUGAAGACUAAUGAAUCUAACAAGGAAAAUGCUGGAGAAGAUAUUACUGGUGCAAAGAAUGAUGUACGGUGUGACAACCUAGCACCUGAGAACAAAAACGAGGCAGAAAAAUCCAUCCCUAUAAUAAAGAAAGAAGGAGAAAAUCCUACACCUGUAAAAGCAGAAAUUCCUGACAAUGAGUUUGAGAAGCGUAUCAGACCAGAAGUUAUCCCUGCAAAUGAGAUAGGGGUUACAUUUUCUGACAUUGGUGCACUGGAUGAGAUCAAAGAAUCACUUCAAGAGCUGGUAAUGCUUCCCCUUAGAAGACCAGACCUUUUCAAAGGUGGACUCCUUAAGCCAUGUAGAGGUAUAUUGCUUUUUGGGCCUCCUGGUACGGGGAAAACAAUGCUAGCUAAGGCAAUUGCAAAUGAAGCCGGAGCAAGUUUCAUUAAUGUCUCAAUGUCCACCAUCACAUCAAAAUGGUUUGGAGAAGAUGAAAAGAAUGUCCGAGCUCUGUUCACACUAGCAGCUAAGGUUGCCCCAACUAUUAUCUUUGUUGAUGAGGUUGACAGCAUGCUUGGGCAGAGGACAAGAGUAGGAGAGCAUGAGGCCAUGAGGAAGAUAAAAAAUGAAUUCAUGACACACUGGGAUGGGCUAUUAACAGGACCUAAUGAGCAAAUUCUGGUUCUUGCUGCAACCAACAGGCCAUUUGACCUUGAUGAAGCAAUUAUAAGGCGGUUUGAGCGCAGGAUCAUGGUUGGUCUUCCAUCUGCUGAGAACAGGGAAAUGAUCCUGAAGACUCUCCUGACUAAGGAGAAACAUGAAAACUUAGACUUCCAAGAGCUGGCAACAAUGACUGAAGGAUAUAGUGGAAGUGAUCUAAAGAAUCUAUGCAUCACUGCGGCUUAUCGACCAGUUAGGGAGCUAAUACAGCAGGAGAGAAUGAAGGAAGUGGUAGAAAAGAAAAAAAGAGAGGCAGAAGGCCAAAACUCUGAAGAUGCUUCAAACAACAAAGAUAAAGAAGAGCAUGAAAUUACCCUGAGGCCUUUAAACAUGGAAGACAUGAGACAGGCUAAAAGUCAGGUGGCUGCAAGUUUUGCUUCGGAAGGAUCAGUGAUGAAUGAGCUGAAGCAGUGGAAUGAUUUAUAUGGAGAAGGAGGUUCGAGGAAGAAGCAGCAGCUCACUUACUUCCUUUAGAUUUUGGAUUUGUCACAUUCAUGCAAAGGGAGAUAUUUUAACGAAGGAAGGAGUUCUUCACCAGAUAUGUUGAACUCAAAGCAUGCCCAAAUGUGGUUUAAGAGAUCUUAUCAUUCCUAGGAGAGCACAAGUCAGGGCACAUAUAUUUCCUUCAAUGGAUGUGUACAUCAUCAUGCAUCAUGUUUAGAAGAGGGUUCUCGGUUUUUGUUUGAAUUAUCUACAAACCUGCAUUAGAGGAUUUAUUUUCUGUUGUGCAUGGUAUUGGAAGAUGCAAUUGCUUUUUAGCAAGUAGGAAUAUUCUACCCCAAACUUUCUAGUUAUGCUGUAUUAUAUAUGAUCAGAAUUUUCAGAUUGUAGAAUUUUGUAAAUGGAUUGUGUAGCUGCACUGCUUAUACCGUUUGGUUCAAUUGUUUAUGUCAAUUUCCUUGCAUAGCUUGCUAUGGCAAAUUCUAGAUAUUGGCACUUUUA